AUGUAUCUAUCUAAUACGACAGCAGCAACGAAUGCCCACCUCGCGCGCCACCUGGACCUUGUGCACGGCGAGAAGCGGCGGCCCGGCCGGGGAAGGGGCAGGAGCAGCAGGAGCGCCAGCCGCGGCCGGUCGCGCGGUCGCGAGGCGGCGGCGACCGACGGCGACGACGACGACGACGACAGCGCCGACGAGAUGGACGGCGCCAUCCACGUCGAUGGCUUCCUGCAGCCCAUCAAGAUCCGCUCGGGCUGGCGCGCAAAAGACACGCAGCAGCGAGUCCGCAGCACCAAGAGCGUGUCGCGGGGUCGGGCUAGGGGCUCAGAGGAGAGGGGGCAGUGA